CAGCGCUGGGCGGCGCGCGCGGCCGGUCACGCGCCUCACCACAAAUCGUCGCGAUGCGGCCCUCGGUGCGAUCGUUCUUACUUCUUACGUAGUUGUGUGAUGGUUGUGUUUUCUGACUUUGUAUUUGGGAUUUUUAUCGAUUAAUAUGACUCUCAGGCGGCGCGAUGCGGGCGCAACGUUGCAGCUGGUGUAUGUGGUCCUUUUGUUCACUUCAUAUCGUGGAGCAGCAGAGGAAAGCGAGGAGCAAACAGAAAGCUCAGAGCCGCGAGUAGCGCCGUGGUUCACGAGUGAGCCGCCAUCGCGCGCUGUGUUCGCAUCGGGCGCGGGCGCGCGGCUGGCGUGCGCGGCGCGCGGCGACCCCCCGCCCGCCAUCACGUGGACCACUGAGGAUGGUCAAGAGCUGCUCUCUGAUCAGCACAGGCGAGUGUACAGCAAUGGCAGCCUUGAGAUAGCCCCUACGCCGACGGGCACGAGCGUCGGCGGUAAUGGCGUCAGUGUGGUUCGAUGUCGCGCCAGCAACGCGCACGGAGUGGCGCUUUCCGCGCCUGUCACACUUCUGCCCGUGGCCGAUGACAGCUGGGAGGCGGUGGUGACGGCAUGGCCGGCGGCCGUGGGCGGUGUGGCCAUGUUAACUUGUGGCGUAGCCGGCCUAAGCAGUACGGGGGACGAAGACGAGGGCGAUGAGCUGGAGGUGGCGCUCUGGUACCAUGGAGAACGUGUCAUUGACGUGCCACCACCUACACCAGAAACGCGAUACCUGUCAGCGGGCAACACACUCCUAAUACGUAGCGUAACAGAACGAGAUGCUGGUACCUAUGGCUGUCUCGCGCGCCACCGCGCCACGCGCCGCUCGCGCCGCGCGCGCCCUGCCGAGCUACGAGUGUCACGAGGUGCAACAGGCGCUGUGCCAGCCCCAGCCGCGGCGGCUCGGACUAUACGCGCGGCCGCUGGAGCAGCUGCCUGCCUCCCUUGCGCCACUUCUCUUCAUCCUGGUCCUCACUACACGUGGUACCGGGAGCGAGAGGGUCGCCUUCAACCGGUAGCAGGAGAAGGCGACACCUGGAUUUGGGCUGGCGGUGCAGCGCUAUGCGUACGCGCCGCUCGCACGGCGGCUGGCGCUUGGUUGUGCAAGGCUUACAGUGCACUUGGAGACGCCACGGCGCGGUUGCGUCUUCUCGUCGAUGUCCCUUUGACAAUCACAUUACAUCCCCAGCUUGUGGUGGCUGCCAGUGGAAGCACAGUUAGAUUCAAUUGCUCAGCGUCAGACGAAGAAGCGGCGCUGAGUUGGAGACACGACGGCGCCCCGGUGGCAGGCGCGGGUGGCGCGGGUACUGCGUCGCUUGUGUUGCGCGGUGUGACGCGCGCCGCGCGCGGCGUGUACCAGUGCGAAGCGCGUCGAGGUACUCGCGCGGCGCAGGCCAGCGCUGAACUACGACUUGGAGGUUAGUACCCUAAUCACACUCCUCCU